CAUGUGUGUGAGAGGCGCAUUAUUUGGCAACCGAGGCGGCAGAGCGGGGAGGGCUGAGGGUAUCCCCGGGAUUUUUUUUGUAUGUGUGUGUAUGUAUGUGUAUGCGAGUGUGUGUAUAUGUGUGUAUGUGUGUGUACACGGCGAAUUAUCUGACUUGAUUGACACACGAGACCCCCCAGCAAAGCUUGUGAGGAGCGGAGUGGCGAGCCGGUGCAGCCAUGUCUGACGAGGCGGUGCGUCAGACGCGCAGUCAGAAGCGGGCGCUGGAGCGGGACUCGCUGCCCGUGGACCUGGACGUGAAGAAGGUGAAAGUUGAGGCUGGUGGUGACGGCCAUGACCGGCCGGUCCUGCGGCCGAGGCCCGAGCAUUCCAGCCGGGGCUCCAACAUCCUGAAUUCGGGCGAGGUGAAGGCCACGAUUAAAGUGGAGGUGCAGGCCAAAGAGGAGCCCAUGGAUAUGAGCACCACCCCUAAAAGUGAAAUUAAGAAAGAGAAGAGACCUCCCUCGCCUGACGAUGUCAUCGUUCUGUCCGAUAACGAGCCGUCCAGUCCACAGAUGAACGGCGUUAGCCACUUUAAGGAGCUGGACACUGAUCUGCUCAUGAAGAGCAGUCCUGAAGAGCGUGAGCACAUCAUUAAGCAGCUGAAGGAGGAGCUGAGGCUGGAGGAAGCAAAACUGGUACUGCUGAAGAAACUCAGACAGAGCCAGAUACACAAAGAGACCAGCGGACAGAAGCCUGUGGGCUCUGGCUCUGUGGCUACACCUCCUCCUCUGGUGAGAGGUUCAGUCUCCAGCAAAGCAGCACAGCCUCAGGUUGUGUCUGGCCGGAGCUCAGGUACGGUCAUCCCGCCCCCUCUGGUGCGUGGAGGCCAGGUGUCCAAACACGGCUCUCAGAACUCCCAGAUCAUCAUGCCCCCAUUGGUCAGAGGAGCACAGCCGAUCUCAGUGACGCCGCAGCAGAUAGCGAGUUUGCGGCAGCAGCAGCAGCAGUACGCAGGCUCAGGGCCCCCGCCCCUGCUGCUGGCCCCCAGGGCCUCAGUGCCCACAGCACAGGGUCAGAAAAUCAUCCAGCCAGGCCUCAUCCGUGUCGCCAACACCAACCUGCUCGUAAACGUCAGUCAGUCCUCAGCCACCAACCUCAAGACCACCACAUUGACCUCUCAAAGCGCCAGUGCCAACGAGUCUCCGGCUAGCCGACAGGCCGCAGCCAAGCUAGCUCUGCGCAAGCAGCUGGAGAAAACCCUGCUGGAUAUCCCACCACCCAAACCCCCCGCUCCAGAGCUCAACUUCCUUCCUUCUGCCGCCAACAACGAGUUCAUCUACCUGGUGGGACUAGAGGAGGUGGUGCAGUGUCUGCUGGACACUCUGGGAAGAGGUAAAAUGGGUGGGGCUUUCCCCUCAGCUGUAGCCCCCUCAGAGCCCUUCACCUGCACUCAGUGCAAGACCGACUUCACCUGCCGCUGGCGUAAAGAGAAGAGCGGAGCCAUCAUGUGCGAGCAGUGCAUGUCCUCCAAUCAGAAGAAGGCGCUGAAGGCGGAGCACACCAACCGUCUGAAGGCGGCCUUUGUGAAGGCUCUGCAGCAGGAGCAGGAGAUCGAGCAGCGCAUCCUGCAGCAGGCCGCCUCCCCCGUCUCCCACCCUACAUCCUCAUCUUCAUCCACCUCUUCAUCCUCAGCUCACGGGCUGAAGGCCGAGCAGCAGCAGGUGAUCGUGUCCCACAUCAAGCAGCGCUCCUCUUCCUCGCUCCACUCUCAGCACAGCAGAUCCACUCAGCCAAUCAGCCGCCACCAUUCCAGUAUCACACAGAGUCCUGCUCAGCUGUCCCGCAGCAUUCAGCAGACUGUGGGGGCCCUGCGCGGGGUCCCGCACUCCUUUUCUCAGUCCUCUCAGCUCCAGAAUGCCGUGGCCGCCGCCGCGCUGGUCAGCAGACCAGGUAAGCAUGCUGUGCGUCAGGGAUCAAAGGUCAACAGCACCAACAGCAACCGCAGCAGCAGUGCCGGCAGCAGGAACCAAAACCCAGCCACCUCCUCCGGCUGGAGGAAGCAGAGCGGCGUGACACCAGGUGUGACCAUGGCCUACGUGAACCCCAGCCUGUCUGUGCACAAGACUUCAUCCUCGGCCGUGGAGCGUCAGCGGGAGUACCUCCUAGACAUGAUCCCCACCAGAACCAUCUCCCAGACUGCAAACACAUGGAAAUCUGCCUCGCAGAGCUAAGCUUCACCUGAGCUUUCAUCACGACCACAAUCACGACCCCGGGUCACUUCCAGAAGCUCAAGAACCGAUCGGCCGUUUCUGAAUUGGGAUUUUUGGAUUGGGGCUUAGUUCAUUAAAAUAAAUAAAUAAAGAAAGAAUUCCAGGAAAAUAAUUUCACUGUCUUGGGGUUUAACUUUGUGACUUUAGGACCUCAGGAACUUGUUUUAAAGAAAGAAUUCGACCAGAAUGAGAAAAUCGUCUCUUCUUUAUCUUUAUCUUCAUCUCCUUCUACUUUUUUUUCAGCAUCCAGCGCUUUUUGAUUCUUGUUUGUUUUUUUUUGUUUUUUUUUUUGUGUCUUUAAGAACUCAAAACUGCUGUUUUGAUCAUCGUUCAGGAAGAGUGUGAUUUUUUUUUUUUUUCCUUUUUUAAAAUUGAAAAAUAGUAAAACCAAGAAGAAAAACAAAGGUUAAAGGGCUUCCACUCUUGCUGUUGUUGCUGCAUUGCCGUAAAUGAUGGGACAGAAUCAGAUCCAGUACUUCGUAAACCCGAUUCGGACCCUAAGGCGGCGAAUCUGACGCUGAGUAGCCACCACACUGGGAAGUCCACCAGUCACGUUUUUUGUUUUUUUUUAUGCUUGUUGGACUUUGUUGAGAACCGACACAAAGAAAGAGACUUUGUGUCCACACUUGAUAUGAAUAUGAAAAGAAUCAUGGGUCGACUUGGGACUGUAUAGCUUCAGUUCUUAGAAAAAAAAACACAAUAAAUAAUAAAAGUUUCUUAAAAAAAACACAAAGACUGAUAAAAAAAAACUUUGGAAAAACAAAAACAUUAGGACUAUGAAUCUGAAUAAGUGCGGAGUGAAAGCUAGCGAUGCUAAAUGAAGAGCCGUUUGAGGCUAACAACAUUACAGUUUGUUUGUAUGUUUAUUUUUCUUUUGAUUAUAAGUUAAGUUAUAUUGCUGUGUCGUGUCCGGAGGCUUGACUGGACGUGCGUUUAAGUGUCUCGUUUCAGAUUUUGUGCUUCAGAAACUGGUUAAUAAUUCAGUCCUGUUUAUUAAUAAUAGCACAGACAGAACUUUUGUUUUCCAUUUAUUUUUCGUUUUUUUGUUUGUUUGUUUUUUCGUUUGCUUUUAGUUUGAUAUUCGUUACAGCUAGAUCAUGCCAAGGCUUGUUUCAGCCCUGUGAGGGGUAUAGGUGACAUACAUGCAUAAAUCAUGCAUAAAUCAUACAUAUAAGACCCUGAUCCUGAUAACUGAUUGUUUGCAUAGACAGAAUCUCCACCCCCCCUUCACCUUUUUUUCUUUUUUUUCAUAAAUGCACAUGCUUAAAUGAGGGUGCUUUCUAUAUUCUCAGCUAUUUUGUUCCUUUAACAUUACAUUUGUAUUCCUGUAUUACGGUUCACACACUCAAUUAUAAAAGUUAAAGAAAGAAAAAAAGAUCAAGGACACGGUAUAACUGCAGAAUCUUUUUCAGAACAUUAAUCUGAUUGGUUGAUCAUGUUUGUGCUAAAUCAGCUAGGGGUGUAACGUUACACGGAAAUCACACUUCAGUAUGAGUUCAGCAAAGACAGAACAAUUUCUUCCAUUUAAGGGCAUACUGUGCCCCGACAGAGUUUUUUUUUUAUCAUAUAGUGCAACACCCGUUUUUCAACACACACCGUCUCUACUCAACUGUUCAUCAACACAAAUAACCCAGUCACUUCACUGCAAACAGAACAGUAAAAGAUAAAGAGUAAAGAAAGGAAAGGAUACAGACACUAUAUGGACAAAAAUAUAUAUUUGGCCUACACAUUACAGCUAUACAAGAGCUUUUAUGUCACUCCAUUCUAAACCCAGCUCUGUAAAUGUAUGUAAUCAGACAUUUUUUGACCGAGUUUGAGUUGCUUUGGUUCUUAAACUCUUCCACUAACUUCUUUCACUAAUGUUUGUAAAGGCAGACUACAUGGCUAGAUGCUUAUUUUAAUACAUCUUUAGAAAUGGGAAACAGACAAAAAUCCAUCCCAAUUUCCAAAAUACUGUGAUAAUGAACUUUAUAACUUCCAUUAUUCUGAGUUCGGAGUGGUCCAGCGGGCUAAGAGAGGAGAUAAAGAGAGAGGAUAAAAAAAAAUAGAAAUAAUAGAAAUAAAAUGAUAAAUUCCAUUAUUCUUCAUCCUCAUCCAUUUGCUUUGCCAACCUUUCCAUGUACCACAUAUUCUCUCUACCGCUACCUGUACUGAACUGCGAUUUUCUGUAUCGUUACACCUCUAGCAUUUCUAUUCCAGUCUGUCUGAUUUGACUCCUCAUGCAGUUAUGAUUUUAUAUGUCACUUGGAUACAAACUCAACACUCUUCAAAAUAAAGGUGCUGAAAAAGGUGCUGUGAUUGAUGAUACAGAUUGAAAACCGCUAUUAAUUCCAUAGAGAACCAGUUUGAUAUUAGAGAUACUUGUAUAUAAAGAACCCUACCAUCAAAAGCAGGUUCUUUACACUGAUAUAUUCUCUGUUUAUAAAAGUGAUUCUUCUGUGUCAUCGCUAAUAGAACCUUUUUUUAACACUCUUACUCUUAUUUUAUAGAGUAAAGAAGAGUAGUUUGAAGCAGCUUCAGAAUCUGCACUUCAUAAACAGAACUUUAGUGCCUAGAGCCGGAUGGUUUCAAAGCUAAUAUUAUAUAUAAAGCUUUUGCAAAGCUAAUAUUCCUGUGCUGAACAGUCUUGUAAAGCAAAGCAGAGCCUUCAAAUCUUCAAAUGACCAAAUUUUUCAUUUUAAACAUUGAUCCAGACCAAGGCUUUGAGAAGUACAGCAAGAUUUGGAUCAUAUGUUUCCUGUUUAGAAGACAUUGAGUGUGUUUUUACAUGAACUUUAUAUUAAUCUAAUUAUAAAAGAUUACUAAAGUCUGAGAGUCUGAUAAAAGGAGCUGAAUUUUAGCUCAGAAAUGGUGUUUCUCAGUAAACUUAUACUCUUAACUGAGUAAAACAGAAGCUGGUAAAGGAAAUAUGCAAGCAGUGUAUAUCACAGCACCUGCAAGAGUAGGACACAGUGCUUUAGGAUUUAAAUAAUCUACUUCAUUAAGCUGAUCUGUGUUCAUAUUGCUUUUCAAUACAUUCUAAAAGUAAUCCGAUUAUGAAGUGCAUGUAAACACACUCUCUAAUAAGCUUUGUACCAUUUUUACAGUGAUCACUAUAUCACAGUUUGGGAGACUGGGCUCUGUUUAAUAGUACAAUAGUACAAUUCUUUGACUUUGUUUAUUAUUUUUUUCUGUUAACGGUGCACUCUUUGUCUUCCAUCAGUCUCAUGAUUUAUACACUUGUCAUGCUUUUUUUUGGCCAUUGGUUCUUCCACCCUCCCCCCCUGCCACCACAGGGCUUUUCAGGUCAGUUGAUUUGUUUUCCAGCACCCUCACUCAGUAUUGAUGCUCUACUACUCAGCCAAUAGGAGACCGAGGCCAAGGCUGCCAUGCUUUCCUGACCGCUGUCGUUUGAUGAUGUCACACCAGUCGUUCUGUUUCGGGGUAAGGUGCGGGGCGUGGGCGUCGGCCUGCCUGCCUGCUGCCUCCGGGCCUGCCGCACUGUACAAAGCGAUGUUACUAUUCGUUAGGUUUACUUUUGUUUCCCAGUUCUAUAAAGUAAUAAUAAAAGACUUUUAACUCUUUAA